AUGAAACCGGUGGCUAUUUCAUAUAAGCCGCGGUCCAUAGACGGCUCUUUCCGCCAAUCUACCAUUAGCUCUCCAACUGAGCAUACAGCACAUGCCUACAGGCCACACUCCGCCGUUUCGGGACAGCAAAGUGGGUCUGUGAUUUCUGUUGGAGAUCCAGAGAAUAUAUUGGUUCGAACACUGGAGAUUGAAAAUAGGACCCUCAGAGAGCAGAUUGCAUCACUUCUCGAACGCGAGCAGCUUGCGAAGGUGGAGUCCUCUAGCCUGCGUGAACAGCUGGCCGAGACAGAAAAAAGAAGCAACUCCCUGACAGAUGAGCUGUCAAGCGUAAUCUCUAAGGAGCUGGGUGACCUCAAACUGCGGCUCCAGAUGGCCCAGGCAGAUCGUGACUCUGUAACAAGUCAAUUUAACGCCCUCAACGAAAAGCUUAUUGGCACCGAAGAAGAUCUUACUGCAGCUCGCACUGGUCUGGAUGUUUUAAAAACAUACUCUCUAUCAGUCCUCGAUGACUUUGUGGUCGCUGUUCGGGAGCUUUGUAAAGAUAUACUUCCCGCCUAUGCCCCUGCAUCAAUCUCCAGCGGCGGGCUGAUCUCUCUCGCUCGUCAGCUUGAGAUGCCUGCGCCCAACAUACCGCAGAACAUACAGGCGUGUAUUCAUGGCAUUCAUGGGAAGGUUUAUGAGCUGAACGUUUGUCUGGGAGAUAUCAAAAUAGUUACAGACGCCUUCAGAGACACUGCGAACAUGGUCAAAGACAGGCUUCUCAAGGAGCGUGAUACGGCUCGGCUCCACGACAACGAGCAUAGAAACGAGACCGAGCGCUUGCGUGAGCAACUGAAUACGCUCCGUACAGAUACUGAUGUGACCGUUAGGGAGCUUAAUCACUUGAAGCCUCUAAUGAAGAGCCUUGAGACGGAAAACUCAGGACUUAAAGCAGAGCUAUCUGCCUUAAGCGAUAAACUACGACAGAGCCAGGGUGAAGUUAAUGUCCUUCUGCGUAAGGUAGAGGCCCUUGAAGCAGAGAACACCUCCAUUCAGGCCACCAUUUCGGUGAAGGACGACCAGAUUUCUGAGUUACAAGGAGCUGUUACGAUGUUCCGCAUGGAGCGUGACGAGGCCACAAGUCGUCUGACGGAGUUAGAGAAGAAUCUGAUUGCCUUGACCGAGGACGUAAUAGAGGAUCGCUCUUCCAGUAGAGGUGCCUCUAUGAAUGCAGCUAGGCCACCUCCACAUGUCUCGCAACAAUCUCUCCGAGGCCACGUUGAGCAUAGCAAGUUUGAGCCACAGGCGAUUAAAACCACGCUUUCGCCUACCCUUUCUUCGCCCAAGGCAGAUUAUGAGAACUCUCGUCUUAUCGAUAUGGUCACGAAUGGAAAGCUCCCAGAAGAUCGUCUUUCAGCUGCCCUUGCGCAGGACCGCGUCCAGCGCCGCAGUUCAUCAUAUUACGACUAG